UUCAUCUGAAGAUUACAUGUCUUCGAUCGCUUCUUGUCCGUUGAUACCGAUUUACUUUUAUCAAUAUUUGAGCUUGCAUCCACUAACAAAAAACUUAUCUAUGCGGGCAAUAUCGAAAUAGACUCUGAGAGAUGUAGUCAAAGUCUGGAAGCGGAUAGUUCGGAAAUCUUGCUCUUUUUGUGUAUUCAUUAAAAGAAUGAAAAAUGUUGUUUAUAAGAAAACCAGGAAUAAUCCUUUUUGUUAUAUUCGUAUCCUUUGAAUACGUGGGGAGUGAUUCAACGAACAACAGUGUGCAAUAUGAACCAGUUACUGGUAACCUCGAAUCGCAAAACAUAGCUGCAGAUGGUUGUUCUCAAAUAUUCUGUCUAAAUGGUGGAGAGUGUAAAAUGUGGAAUGGAAAAGCUAUGUGCAUUUGUCGUGGUGAAUUUGAAGGAGAAAGAUGCGAACGCUUUAGUUGUAAAAAUGGAAAAUGGGAAGAUGAAAGAGCCAUUUGCAAGUGUAAUCCUGGAUAUGGCAAUUAUACCAAAUACACCUGCAGAGCUUGUGAAUGUGGCCCAGAUACAAAUUGUAUCUUUAUAUCAUCAGGAUGGUUAAAUGUGUCAUAUAAAAAAAUAUGUCUUUGCAAACCAGGAUAUAAAGAAGAGAAUGAAACGUGCGUUGCUGAAGAUACAAGUUCUACGGGGCCUUCACUGCCGUCAACCGUAUCGACAUCUAGAAUAAAGGACAAGAAAAUUUCUACAGAAACUACUCAAUAUGUUUCCACUACGAGGGAGUCAAGUACGCUGUCAACAAAAGAACCAGCAAUAAAUCUUUGCACCAGUACGCCCUGCCAAAAUGGAGGAAUUUGUUUAGAAGUAGGACGCUCCUUUAGUUGCUUUUGCAAACCUCCUUAUUUUGGAGUUCUCUGCGAAAAAGAUCCAUGCACAGAAAACCCAUGUCUGAAUGGUGGCGCUUGUGUUCGAAUGGAUUACUCGUUCAAAUGCAAAUGCAUACAUCCGUUUUUUGGAGAUACCUGCCAAUAUGAUGCAUGCACUGAUAAUCCAUGCUAUAAUGGUGGUACCUGCCAAAGGUAUGGAAAUUUUUUCAAGUGCAAAUGCAGAUACGGCUAUAUUGGAAAUGUUUGCGAGAGAGAAGGAUAUCAAAGUUUUCCAGAGGGAAUCACUGAUUCUAUACCCGAAUUAGAAGAUGCUUCUACCAUUGAAAAUUUAGGAAAUGAAACAACAAUCAAACCAGGAAUUUGUGUUUCAGACUCUGAUUGUCUGAACAGAGGCAUCUGUAGCAACAACACCUGCGAGUGCAAGCCAAAUUAUAAAGGACCCUGGUGUGAGAGAAACCUUCUCUGCGAGAAACUGCAACCCACUUGUCAGAUCAUGGGAGCAGAUUGCAAAAUUGUUGGAAACAAAGCAAUUUGUGACUGUCCUUUAGGCAAGAUGUACGAUCCAAAGACUGGAAUAUGUGAAAAUAUAUGCGAUCCUUGGAGAUGUUUGCAUGGAAGAUGUGAAAUAGACGGACAGACGUACAAAUGCAUAUGUGAUGCGGGGUAUAAAGGAAAUCGCUGCAGUGAGGCAGUACAAGUCAUGGCUGAACGAUCUAGUGUAUGGCUAUAUGUUAUGAUCUCUCUAGUGGUACUUACUCUAUUGCUUCUGUUCCAACAACUUUGGCUUUUUUUCCAAUACCGAAAAAUAAAUUUGAAGACUGGUGAUGGGCAUGUAAUGGAGUUGAAUACCAUUGAAACUACAACCACCCAAAUCUAGCUUAUUUUUAAUUAUCUACUUAAUU